AUGGCUAUGGGACAGGGAGAGCAGCGUGCCAUCCAUCCGUUCUUUCGAAGAGAACUUGGGAUAGCCACGGGCCCAAUUGGUCAAACACCCGUCAGCAAUCACUCUUACGAAGGCCCGGAACUUCUGCACAAACAAUCGCCUAGCAACCAUGUCCCUCCCUUGUCCUCCUGCCCCGAGCCAUCCGCUACGCCGGUUGCAACACUAGACCAUGACCCGAACGCUAGUCGGAGGAAGCGAAGGAAAACAGACAAGGAGAAAUCGGAUCCAACAUCGUCAGGUCAGGGAUCUGUGAUGAGUUAUGUCAUCUCCAAAGAUGCACGAUCAUCUCAAGAUAAAGACACCCCCUCGGCUGAAACCGAAAGCGCAAUUACAGCUGAAGAUGGCCCGGGCCCCCAAGAACCCAAAGCUGACACUGAGUCCGCUACCCCUGCUUCGGAGGGACUGGACGCGACGAAACAAGAACCCGAUCACCAAGAAUCUGCAGUCGGGGUUACAAACGAACCGGUAGCAGAAAGAAGAUCCCCUCGGCAGAAAACGAUCAAGCUAAACCCCAACGGAAAGUUGUUGGCUUCUCCUGUGGCGGUUAAGUUCGAGGAUAAACCCAAGAAGACGAGAGCCAGCAAGCGUAGCAAGGUGGACUCCCAAAAGCUUGCCGGCCUCGAAAGCAAAAUUGUAAUCAUCCGAUACGGUAUGGAAGGCAAUGCGAGGGAACAGGUGGGAAAGCUGGUUAAUGAGAUACUUGCUGGUCAGAAGAAGCAUGAGACCUCUAAGAAGGUCUCCCAGCCUGUUGCCCCCGCCUCUUCUACAGUCGCACAACAGCCACAGAGACCUACACAUCCAUUCUUCCUGAAGAAGCCCACGCGCAAACCAGAUACCAUAGACUCGCAGUGCCGGGAGCCUGAUACUACUAAUUCACAGCCGUCCGCAGGAACAGGACUGACAGCACGCCCCUUUCCUGGCCAAGAUACGGCCUCGGCAGCCGUCCCUUCCACCACUUUCACAUCAUUUAAGCACCGCCGCUCUAGGUUUCCGGAACCCAUACAGCCUAUUUGGCCUCCGCGCGACCUGGUCCAUGUCCGAGGCAUAGAACACAACACCCGGAAUACGGCCACUUCCGAGCCCGUCGUGCGGGAUUUGAAGAAGGCAAAGAUGGCUGCUAUUAGUAUCCAUGAUAACGAAAGCGUACUUGUACACCAAAUACGGAAAUACUCGUCAGACUCUCCGCAAAGUUUAAGGAUCCCUUCAAGACACGUCGCUAGCGGGAAGGUUAUACAAACAGCUGUGACCAGACAACUAUCAGCAUCUUCUCACGACAAAAAGACACUCAUGGGAGCCUGUCACCCGGCCCUUAAAAGACUUCAUUCCUCUCUUCCCUGCUCAAUGACUCCUUUCGAUCAAGGGGCCUUCGAAACGUUGAAUUGGACUCAGAAGUAUGCUCCACAAUCGGCUGACCAAGUUCUGCAAACCAGCAAGGAAGCAUACAUGCUACGGGACUGGCUGAAAUUUCUGAUGGUUACAACAGUCGACACUGGUAAAUCCUCCAAGGGCGAUGAAAAAUCGAGAAAGAGUACAGAGGAAAAGAAACGCAAGAGACGCAAGAAGGAGAACUUGGACGGCUUCAUUGUGUCAAGCGAGGACGAGGCAUACGAAUUGGACCCUGUUAAUGAAUCGGAUGAUGAACUAGCGGGAGAUGUCACGACGAAGAGAACGCUGGUCCGGUCCAAUGACUGGUCACUGAGUUCAAAGUCGGGAGCGGAUAGAGCUCGCGUAUCCAACGCAAUCCUCCUCAGUGGUCCUCCGGGAUGCGGUAAAACGGCAUCAGUGUAUGCGGUGGCAAAGGAGCUUGAUUCCGAAGUCUUCGAAAUCAACCCGGGUAAUCGACGCAGUGCCAGAGAUAUUGUGGAGCGCGUGGGUGACAUGACGCGAAAUCAUUUGGUUCAUAACGCGAAAACUGGCGAAAAGCAAUCACUCAUAUUGUUGGAGGAGGCUGACAUUCUUUUCGAAGAGGACAAGCAGUUCUGGUCUGGAGUCAUGACACUAAUUAACCAGUCGAAACGUCCAAUCAUAAUAACAUGUAACGACGAGAACCUCAUCCCUCUUCAAGACAUAGGAUUUCAUGCCAUCCUUCGCUAUCGAGCUCCUCCACUAGACCUUGCCGUCGACUACACCCUCCUCCUAGCUGCAAAUGAGGGCCACAUGCUCAAACGCAACGCUGUUGAGGACCUAUAUGCGGGCAACGGCAGAGACCUUCGGCGGACCGUCAUGGAACUCGGAUUCUGGUGUCAAAUCGCGGUUGGGAGCGAAAAGUCUGGUCUCGAUUGGAUCAUCGACCGGUGGCCACGGGGUUCAGAUCUCGACCAGAAUGGCGAUCCGCUCCGAGUGUUGAGUUUGAAUACAUACGAGCCACACAUGGGCUGGUUUAGCCGCGAUAUCUUGAUGUGCAACGGCGUAGACGCUGAUAUAGAAACCCAGCAUGAGGCCUUCAAUUGGUGGCAGCUUAGCACACAAGAGUCGGAGAGUAUGGCGGAUGCCAAGUCUAACCUUUCCAAAUCGCCAUUGAACCCGGUUUCGGCUACAACGAACACUGAGCGGAUUGAUCAACUACGGCAGGCGUCCGAGUUUAUGGAUAUGAAGAGCGACCUGGAUAUUCUUGGCUCCUGUUGCUCGAUUGAAGCAAAACUGGUAAGCCAUGGCGUGACUGUCAUCCCAUACACAAUUACCAGACGUUGA